CGUGAACUAUAUAGACAAAAAAAAGCUAAUGAAACUGAAGAGCAAAGAGCCUAUGAAAGAAAUAGAAAUAUGUCUAACAAGCAAAGAAUACGUACUCUAACAAAUUCUCUAAAAAUACUUAAAAAUUCAGAAAAUUUAGAAAAUAUUUCAA